AUGAGCCCAUCAUCUGCUGGUUCGCUUAGGGCUGAGGAAUCAGCAUCGCCGUCUGCAAAUUCAAACGCUCCGCAUAGGUCAACACGUGGCGCCUCAAAGCAGCGACGCGAUCAGAUCAAUGUGGAAAUCGGCCGGAUGCGUGAUCUGCUACCACUCUCCGAAUCGAUCAAAGAUCGGCUUUUCCAGUUACAAGUCAUGAGCCUGGCGUGUAUCUUUAUUCGAAAACAUCGCUAUCGUCCGAAUGUGAUGCCGAGCAUAUCGAUAAAUCCGUCGGAUCCAUCAACUUCUGGAUGUAAUGUACCUCCCCGAUCGUUGGAUGCCGGAAAGGCCCUACGUGGCUUCCUCUUUAUGACGACCAAAUCCGCCAAAAUACUCUACAUCUCGGAGAAUGCUAGUGAUUACCUUGGACACUCAGUGGAAGAAAUCAUGUGCCAAGGCGAUUCCCUCUAUGAUAUGGUUGACUGUCGCGACCAUAUUGCUUUGCAAAAUCUGCUUGGUGAAGGACCACCGGCAGAAGAGGAUUUCCCAAAAGAUCGUGUUUUCUUAUGCCGAAUCAAUCUCUCGCGCACAGCCAAGCGACAACUACAAUUCCAUAAGUUUGUACUCUUUCAUGGUCGCUACGUCCAUCCAUCCGAAUAUUACUCAGCAAACCAGGAGCGCAGCACCAACAUUCAGCCGAUCUUUGCUGCAUUUUGCCAGCCCUUAUUAAAUCCGGAGAACGCUGAGCUACUAUCGACGGGCAACACAGACGCCUUUUCCAGCCAGCAUUUCCUUGAUAUGCGAUUUCGGGAUAUGGAUAAUAUGUUCAUCGAACGGUCGGGAUACAGCCGAAGUGAACUUCUCGAUAUGUCAUGGUACGCUCUCUUGCAUCCGGAGAAUCUCGCUGAUCUGGCUUAUAAACACCGAUUGCUAGCUGACGAAAAGGAGGGCUCCGUAUUAGCGUUGAUGCGUAUGCAAACUAAAGCCGGGCAAUGGUUGUGGCUUCAUUGCGUCAUGUCAGUGCGGUCUUUGAAUGUAAAUGACGGAGACAAUCGUCGGCAGCGUCACGUUAUCCAUAUGGCAUAUCAAAUUGUCGGCGAAAACGAGGCCCGGGCUCUGCAAGCGAAUGGAUGGAUCUACAGUAUGCGGCACAACUAUCCAACGUCAUUUACGGCUCAAGACUCACCGGAUUCCCUACCAAAUGAAACCCCGCUCAGCCCGGCAUCUCCAUUUGUCCUGGAUCUACAUAACAAUAUUCAGCCCGGUAUACCGCUUUGUGGAGCACAGCUUGGUGGCCCGUUCCAGUUCGGACUUCAUAUCAACCGAACAAUGCCGAUGUUCUGCCCACAACAGAUCAAAGUGGAGGUGGGACUCAAGGGGAUGCAUCCUCCGCUAUGCCUAAUUACACCUGAGCAUUCGAGUCCUGAAUCAUCUGCUCCAUCAUUCCCAUCACAUUUCCCGUCUGAACAUGUGAAACGGGAGAACAAUCUUGAUGACAAUCGAAACAUUCUGGAUGGCGUCGCGCACUUGAUUCAAGCGGUCGAUAACCAUCAGCUCCCAGAACUUCGCGAUCUCGAUCAGUUUUUCCAACAGGAAGAAUUUGCGACGGGCGAUCCUCAUCGUCCACAUUGCUUCACAUCUAAUUGGGCCUACGACUCAACUGAGGGACGUACUACCUACGAUGCCCUCAAUACCAUCAAUGGAUGCUGCCUGUUUAUCGUUCGAAUACAGUUGUGCUACAAAUGGCACCAGCCCAACCGCCCCUUGUCC